AUGCUCAACGCACUCUUAUCCCCCGAUUCCAGAGUACUAUCCAACGUCGCUGGCGCCCUCUCGCUCUCGGGGAUCGCGUUAGGCAUCAAUAUAUUCUUCUUCAACGGAAGCUUCGUGAACCAUGCACUACGCACUAAACCUCCAUCAAAUCCCGAAGAUCAAGAGAUUUACAAUGCUCUGUGCCAGUAUAUCGGCGUGCGUGAAUUCAUUAUCGCCGGAGCCAACAUCGUCGCCUGGUUAUCCGGUCAACCAAAAGCCCAAGGUGUUACAGUGCUGCUAUGGGCAGGACUCGCGCUUGGCGAUGGGAUCGUUCAAUAUAAGCUGAACGGUACCAAUCCUCUCCUAGUCCGGCCCCUUUGGCCUGUUCUGGGUGGUGUGGGAAGUGUCUUGAUGGGGUGGUUUGAGUGA